CACGUAGGCCUUGGGGCCGUGGUCUGGAGCUCCAGCGACAAACCCUCCUAAGGGGCUGCCCUGCCCUGGGGGCGGGGAAGGGGCAGGACUCCAAGUUGCCUAGCAACCGCUUCCCAAGCCUUGAGAGUCCAGCAGAACUGAAGAGUCUCGGUGGCGCAGAGAAGACAGAAGGCUCCGCAGCAGGCUCCGCAGCUUAAGAUGUGGCCGCCCGCAGCGAAGGGAGCGCACGGAGCGGAACCCGACGGGCAGCGCGCAGGGCCGGCGGCGGAGGCCCCGAGGCCCGGCUGGGCGCUGACCCUGGACGGGCUGGCGGCCCUGCCCCUCACGCAGCGCCGCCACCACCUGCUCUUCAGCGACCUGCCCGAGGACGGGGCUGCGGCCGCCUCCGUCUUCCCGCGCCAGUCGGCUGAGCUGGAGAACCGCAUGCCCGACCCGUGCGCCUGGACGCGGCCGCCCGACCAGCCCGCGGGGCCCGCAGAGCCGCUGCUGGGCGUGCUCAAGGCGGCGGAGGCCCGCGCUCGCGUGCGCAGCCUGCGGCUGCGCUACAUCCGCAUGCGGGCGGAAGAGAUCACGCUUCUCAUCCGGCAGCAGGGCUCCGCGCGGGCUGCCAUCCGGCUCGAGCUGCUCCUGCCACCCCAGCUGAAGUCGACGCGGAUCCCGGACCCUCUGGACCGGCAAGAGAGGCGGCGCGUGGAGACCAUCCUGGAGGAGGCCAGAGAUGGCAGCAUUUUCCCGCGGUGACAGCGACCCAAAUGUGCAGCUGCGCCCCACCCUCGUACAUGUACAUAAAAUUCUCUUUCAAGGGCUCUCCGGUCUUUUGCCUCCGCAGUCCCAUCCCCAGUACUCUCCAAGAGAAGGGUGAGUAUGGGCACUGACUCCUACACCAGCCGUCACGCACACCAGGACAGCAGUGGAGCUCUUCGACAAAGUAAGAUGUGAGGGGAUGGUUGUCAAACUAGUGGGGUGCAGACAGCCCGUCCCCCAAUCCCUGCCUGCUCCUGUCCGGUGUCUGGUGUCCUGGACAGCCCACCAGAGGCCCCCAGGGCAGAAGGCAGGGGAGUCUGCUUCACAUCAAUACCCCAGAAGCCCAGAAAGUCAUUCAUCCCAGGCACAUGGUGGCACUCUGAGAGACAGGGUGACUACGCAAACCAAAGCUGGCCUUUAGAGGGUCACCACCUGUGCCCAGACAGAAGACCCACCCUCUGGUCUUUUGUUUUGUUUUGUUUUGCUUUGCUUUUUGGUACUGGGAAUCAGAACCUCGUGUUCACCAGGCACGAGCUGCGCCAUUGGUCUUCUUUUCAUCCUGAAAAAUAACCUCCUGUAGCCCAUUCAGCACACUGUCUGUGCACACACACACACACACACACACACACACACACACACAGAGGAAGUAAACUACCUCAUCCCAUUCUGACAAACAGGCUUGAGUCCCACAAGAUCUCUGGACUUCAGAAAGCCCCUGGUUUGGGGGUAACUCUUACUCUUUCUCCAUGGUGGGUUCUGUGCAGAAUCUGGGGCUCCUCUUGGCCCUUCCUCCCAGCCCCUGUCUAGAAGGCUACCCAGCUGAGAACUACAGGGAAACACAAAACCCCUACCCCGUGAGAUUCCCACUGGCUCUGACUGGAGCAGAGGACAAAUCUGGAGGAAAAGAAUGAAAUCAGAGCUGGGGUCCAGCAAGGAAUACAUUGACUGGUGGCCACCCCAUCCUCAGAACCUCUGUCCCCUCAGCCAGCCCUGUACCACCUGUUCCUGACCCUUUGCCCUUUGCUACCUGUUGCUGCCUUGGCCUUGAUCCAAGCCCAGACUGUGCAGAGAUCACAAGUCAGCAGCAGCAGGGGGAGCAGAGUCUCAGGGAGACCAAGGUAAGAUGAGGGAACAGAAAGAUGGUGGGCUUGGCAGGGGCAGACAAGGAAGGGGAGCAAUCUCUUUGUCCAUGAGUAGUGGCCACUCACACCCUGAUGUGGGCCUUCUGGCCUUUUCCUGCCAAGCUCCCUACUAUCUGGACCCCAACAUUUUUUUUUUAUCAGUACUAAGGAUCAAACUCACAACUGUGUGUUUGCAAGGCAGGCGCUUAUGCCACUGAGCUAAAUCCCCAGCCCCUGGACCCCAAGAUUUUGUCUCUUGAGUUUUUACAGAGUGCCUAGAAGAAUUUUAUCUUAGUACAUUGACAUAGUUAUCUCAUAAUAUGUAAUGGUUUAUACACUGUGUCAACUUGAGAAGUCUAGCUUAACUAAGGGGUUCUGCAACUCUACAUCCUGGGGUGUGGAGGACAAGCCUGUUAUCAUUCUAGGAUAUUGUUCACUGUGUCAAUUUGAGAAGGUCAGAAGUUUAACUAGGUGAUUAAGCAGGGGGCCAGGGUCCUUAAUUUGUCACAUCCUCAGCCUGUGCAAGAGGAGGCACAGAGACAGAAUAAGCGUGACACCCACCCAGUGGAAUAGCUUGCAUACAAUAAAAGGCAAAAGAGGAGGGACUGAUUGCUGGUUCUGCUGAGGAGCUCCAGUCUUCACAUUCAGUUUGCACGUACUUUCUGGCUUCUGACACAGACUAUUUGGCUUCUGCCUGGACUCUUCAGCCAUCUUUGUAGAGUCUUCAGCCUCCAUCAUCAUAGAUUCUCCAGUAUUGUGGCAGACCCCUCAGCCUCCUGAUACAGACUUGCAUGGGACACUGCAGUAAGCUCCAGCCCUUGAGCAGGACCCUUCAACCUCCAGAAUGCAAACACACUCUGCACACUUCCUCAUCUAACUUUGUGACUGACCAUCAUAAGCCAAUCUUAUAAUUUCUUAUACAUUUGUAUACAUUGUGUCAUAUCUGUUUCUCUAGUAAACUCUGACUGAUACAAUCA